AUGGCCCCCGCAGUGGCCCCCGCGGUGGUCGCCGCCGCCGCGCUCCUGCUCGCCCUGCUCGCCCUGUCCUGGUGCGAGGUGGCCCGGCCCCGGGACCUGGCCAGCUGGCCGGCCCACCGCCGGGAGGUCCACCAGCGGAUCCUGAAGAUCAAGGGCGAGUUGUUUUUGUACUGUACUUUGCCCAAGAUCCCUGUAGGAAACGCUGAGCUGGCAAGCUGCCGGGCCAGGUUUGGGAGAGCGUUGUACACGUUCGAGGAUGAUGAUGGCUCCACCGUCACGUUGGCAUGGGUGGGAGACGGAACCGGGAUUGUUCUCGCUCUGACGACAUUCAAUUUGCCCUUUUCCUUCAUCUUUUUUAAUGGAGCCUCUCGGCUAUACAGAAGCGAAGACUUUGGUAAAACCUUUACUGACGUCUCUAAAGUCCUCAAAAACUAUUAUAUUCGUAAAGAAUUCGGCAUUAAUGUUGGCCCAGAAAAUUCCAAAAAGGUAAUUCUAACAGCUGAUGUUUCGAAACUGAAAGCCGGCGGGGCGAUAUUCCGAUCAUCGGACUCUGGAGAGACGUUCGAGUUUAUCAAUCUUCCGUUCCAUCCUUCCCAAGGCAUGACUUUCCAUCCCUCCAACCCAUCCCAGCUGCUGGCCUACUGCAUCAAGCAUUCUUUGUGGCUUUCUCUAAACGUUGGAACAACGUGGAAAAAACUCGAGGAGUCUGUCUACACAUUCUCAUGGGGUCCAGGAAGCACAAUCUUUUACUCUAACAAUCCCAAAGGCAUCUAUGAUGUGAACGCCAGAGGAAACCUGCACCUGCAGAGGACGACUGACCUGGGCAAGUCCAACACCAAGCUCCACACCAACAUCUACUCCUUUGGCUUUGCUGGGCAAUUUCUCUUCUGUUCUGUUAUUCAUAAUCAGAGUCUCCCCAGGUCUAUCCUCGUGUCUGUUGACCAGGGCGACACGUGGAAUGAAGCUCAACUGCCUCCAGUUAGUCACGAACAGUUCUACUCCAUACUCGGGGCAGACAAUGAGAUGAUUUUCAUGCAUGUGGAUGAGCCGGGGAACACGGGCUUUGGUACCAUCUACACGUCUGAUGAUCGUGGGAUCCUCUUCUCUAAGUCUCUGGAGCGCCAUCUGUUCGUGGAUUCCAGUGGAGCCAAUGAUUUCACCAACGUGACAUCCCUGCGGGGAGUCUACAUCACCAAUGUCCUGGACAUAAACAACACUAUCCGAUCAGUGAUCACCUUCGACAGUGGAGGGGAGUGGAGAGCGUUGAAGAGACCAUCCAACAGUCAGUGUGACAAGACAGCCAAAAACCCGGAGCAGUGUAGUCUCCACAUCCACUCCACCUACAGCAUAUCUCAGAAAGUGGACGUACCCGUUCCCCCACUCACUGCACCAAAUGCAGUGGGCGUGGUGAUCGCUCAUGUGUUUGGUGAUGUCAUCUCUACCUUGCUUCCUAAUGUCUACGUGUCUGAUGACGGAGGCUAUACGUGGUGGAAAGCUCUGAAUGGGCCUCACUAUUAUACUAUGUUGGACUCUGGAGGGCUGAUCGUGGCUUUGGAGUCUCACCCAGACAGGGCCGUACAGGUUAUAAAAUACUCGACAGAUGAAGGUCAGUGCUGGCACAGCUACAACUUCACUAAUGAGACCUUCAUGUUUGUGGGGCUGGUGUCCGAGCCAGGGGCCAAGUCCAUGAACGUGAGUCUGUGGGGCUAUAAACAGGAGAAUUUGUACAAAACCACGUGGCUUUCCUACACCAUUGAUUUCAACGAACUUCUGACCCGAGACUGUGACGAGCGAGAUUAUGUGUUGUGGCUGGCACAUUCCACUGAUUUUGGCAGUAGAAACCGACGGUUGUAUUUGGGUUGUAAAGAAAGGUACCAGCGACUGGCAAAGUCCUCAGUGUGCCGGAAUGGACGAGACUAUGAGCUCAGUAAAGAGCAAGCUUUCUGCCAGUGCACUCUGGCCGAUUAUAUGUGUGAUUUUGGAUAUUAUCGUGUGGGAAACGAUGAAAAAUGUGUGGAGCAAUCUGAUCUGAAAGACAAGGUACUCGAGUUCUGCUUGAAAGGGAAAGAGGAGUUACUCAAUACACAAGGGUGAGUUAUUCGAGAUACAGUUUAAUGCCUUCUUAA